ACCAAAAGUCUCACUCACCCUCUCUGCACUCACUUAAAAUUGAAAAGAUCGGUGCAACCGUUUAUGAGCCCUAAUUUUCUGUUCCCUCACGAGUCAGGAGAACUGAACUCAGCUCCUUCUAAGGUAGAAGAUCGGAAGGCGAAGAAGAGAAGCAAAAGUUCAAUUCUAGAAGAAGAUUACACAAAGCUGGACUAAGAAUUCCAGUCAAGAGAUGCCGGACUAUGAAGGCAAUGGAGAAGACAUAGACAAUUACGCCGGCGGCUCUUCUCUGCCUCCCAAAUCCAGAAGCAGCCAUGGUCCUACCCCGGACGAUUACAGCGACUCCAAGUCUCAGCAUAGUUCUCGUGAGAACGAAAAAAAUAGGGAUUCAUCAAGAAGCAGGGAAAAGGAUAGGGAGAGAGGGCGUGAUAAGGACCGGGACAGGGACAGGGAUAGGGAUAGAGGCAGAGAUCGGGACAGGGAUAGGGACAAGGACAGGGAUAGAGAGAGGGAGAAGGACCGUGAUCGUCAUCACAGAGACCGCCAUAGGGAUCGGAGCGACAGAAGGGAGAAGGAGAGGACCAGAGAUAGAGAUGAUGAUGAUCGUCACCGAACUCGAGAUUAUGACCAGCAAAGAGAACACGACAAAGAUAGAGAGAGUCGGCAUAGACAUAGGUCUCGCUCAAGGGGUAGAUCUGAGCACAGAUCAAGGUCUCGAUCGCGUUCUCGAUCCAAGAGCAAAAGGAUCAGUGGUUUUGAUAUGGCACCUCCUACCUCUGCAAUGUUACCUGGCAUUACGGCUGCUGCAGGUCAAGUUCCUGGGACCAACCCACCAAUUCCUGGAAUGUUUCCUAACAUGUUUCCUUUAGCAUCGGGCCAGUUUGGAGCUCUUCCUGUUAUGCCGAUCCAGGCAAUGACACAGCAGGCUACCAGGCAUGCUCGGCGAGUUUAUGUUGGUGGACUUCCGGCUCAUGCAAAUGAACAGUCUGUUGCGACCUUCUUUAGUCAUGUUAUGUCUGCAAUUGGAGGAAACACAGCUGGUCCAGGGGAUGCUGUUGUCAAUGUCUAUAUAAACUAUGAAAAGAAGUUUGCUUUUGUUGAAAUGAGAUCAGUAGAGGAAGCUAGUAAUGCCAUGGCAUUGGAUGGCAUUAUAUUUGAGGGCGCACCCUGUAAGGUCAGAAGACCGAGUGAUUACAAUCCUUCUCUGGCUGCUACUCUUGGUCCUAGCCAACCAAACCCAAACCUCAACCUGGCAGCUGUUGGAUUGAGCCCAGGUUCUGCUGGAGGGCUGGAAGGUCCUGAUCGUAUUUUUGUUGGUGGUUUGCCCUACUAUUUCACAGAAGCACAGAUUAGAGAGCUGUUAGAGUCUUUUGGUCCACUUAGAGGAUUUGAUUUGGUCAAAGAUAGAGAAACUGGGAACUCAAAAGGCUAUGCCUUCUGUGUCUAUCAGGAUGUCUCUGUUACUGAUAUUGCUUGUGCAGCUCUUAAUGGGAUUAAGAUGGGUGAUAAAACCCUUACUGUUAGGCGUGCUAACCAGGGUACAACACAACCUAAACCCGAGCAAGAGAGUGUAUUGUUGCAUGCACAACAGCAGAUAGCUUUGCAGAGACUCAUGUUACAACCUGCUACAUUAGCCACAAAGGUCCUGAGCUUAACAGAAGUCGUUAGUGCAGAUGAGCUCAAUGACGAUGAGGACUAUCAAGAUAUUUUGGAAGACAUGAGAACUGAAUGUGGGAAAUUUGGAUCUCUGGUGAAUGUUGUUAUUCCACGUCCAAGUCCUAAUGGCGAGCCCACACCAGGGGUUGGAAAGGUAUUUUUGGAGUAUGCGGAUGUCGACAGUGCCAGCAAAGCUAGGCAAAGUUUGAAUGGAAGAAAAUUUGGUGGCAACCAAGUUGUUGCUGUCUUCUAUCCAGAAAACAAGUUCUACGAGGGGGACUAUGAUGCGGCUAGAAUCAGUCUUGGAAAGAAUGUUCCAAUGGAUUAGAAGGUGUUCCUAUUACCCGCAGGUCGCCCAACUGUUACAGUAGAGAUUGGUUAUGUAAUAAUUAAGGAUCUUUCAAUAUUUGACUGAUGUUUAUCUAUACAUGAUAUUUACUGGGAUUUCUUUGACAAACGAAAGUUGCAAGUCGAUGCCGCUCGGCUGGAUUCUGUCUC